UCCCCUAACACAGAUAGUAGCCGGACUUACCACGUAUUUGAUGAUUCUGAUCCAGUUUGAUUCAGCCUUUACCCAAGGUUCGCGCUGAGUGCGAGAUGCAAUCAAAAGCCAAAUAAAGCACCAUCAAUUACCGCCACUGUUGCCACUCUUCCGCACAACGUGUGUGACACCUUUGCCAAGCCUUUAAUCAAACCACCCUGCUGGGAGACAUGGUAAAAGUUUAACGCCAAACCACUUAGGAAUUGCACGAGGAGGAUGUUUUACCGAUGGGUCCACGCGAGUCACGCGAUGUACCGUGCCGGCUGGCAUUAGGCGGCAGUGGCGGGCAAACCGGGAAGCAUUCGAGCAGUUGCACCGGAACCAGUCUUUGCGCAAGCAGUCGCAGCAUGGUGCUUGAGCUACUCUCCAACCGGCAUCUGUUUCGGAACGAAUUCCUGCACUCCGCGCACCGGUUGCUGCGUGUCUGCCAAGUGUUUGGCACGGUGCCGUGGGAGGUUACGCUAUUCGCCCACGUCACCCAACCACUGUCCAGCUGGCGGGAGCGACUGUUCCGCACACUGAACGCACUCUACUCCCUUGCCCUGGGGCUGGCCGUACUGUCGGCCACCGUUCUGCAGCAUGCCGAGUUCGACCACCAUAUGCCGUUCGUGACGCACAUGCUCUACAUCAGCGAGUACAGCAUGGAGAACGGGGUGGUGAUGAUGGUGCUGAUCGGGUGUCACUACCAGCGCGACUGCUAUCGGCACUAUGGCGAACAGCUGCUGGCGGUUGCUGUUGAUCUCUCCCUUUGCGGUGGGACGGUCGACUUCUCUCGUAUCGAAACCAUCUUCAACCGGGUGCUGGCAUGCAUCGCGCUCUUCUUCGCCGGUGUGCUGACGGUGGACCUGCUCUACAACGAGCUGGUCGUGUGGAGGUUUGCGCGCAGCUCCGCCGUCUACACGCUCUCGAACGUAAUCAACGUGCUGGCGCUGUUACAGUACGCGUACGUCCUGUACGUGCUGUACUUCUGCUACUACGACACGAACAGACUGCUCGCGUCGUAUAACCGGCACCUGCUCGUGCGGAGUACUGAUGAUACGCGGUAUGAGAGGCGAAGGGGAGCGCACGAGAUCGUACUACCGGCCGGCGCACUGUACGAUUACGCCCACCUGAUCGAUCUGCUGCGCCGUACGCAUCUGCGGCUUGCGCAGCUGUUGGAGCAGGCGAACGGAUGCUUCGGUGUGCUGAUCGUGUUCACCACGACGGCCUCCUUUGUGGUGCUGAGCUUGCAGUUUUUCGAGAUCUAUCGGGCGACCACGGUACGACCGUGGACCGUCACCGACACGUAUCUGCUCGUGUACACCGUGCUGUGGAUCGUGCUGCACGCGGCCAAGGUGCUGAUGAUCCUGUACCCGGCCCAUCUGGUACAGCGCGAGCGUGACCGCACCGGGCCGAUCCUGUGCCAUUUCAAUCCGGCCGCCCUGGACAGUGCGCUAAACAGUGCGUUGGCAAAGUUUUCCAGCCAGCUGCUGCACGUCCAAGGACCUCAGACGGCCUGCGGUGUUAUCAACCUGGAGAUGACGCUCAUCAGCACGAUGGUUGGCGCUCUGACGACAUACCUCGUUAUACUGAUACAGUUCGACACGGCCAUAACCCAAGGUCAGACGGCCGACAGCAACGGCCCAUCAUCAUCACCAUCACUCCCCAACGAUACGAAUACAUCUGGCAACGGCACCACUAUCUAGCUAUCUUCUCCUGUUCCUUCAAAGCUCUCCACUUUCCAACCACAAUCACCGACGCCUACAUGCGCAGGGUAGACGAUUAGCGUGCCCCCGGUCCCUGUUGAUUAAUUCCAUGCAAUAUGCAAGCGUGUGUGCAGGCGGCACCUCAAUAAGCGUGUCAUCUGUUUGGAAAAAGGCUUACCGUCGGCGCUGCCUGUGCGUAUGUUGGGCAGCGUGGCGGAUAUGCACACUCACUUCAUAAUUCAAAGUUGUAUUUCAGUCAUCGAGUUUUAUGGAUGGGGGAUGGGAGAGUACAAACACUUCAAAACCGUUUACAAAACCCGAUAGUCACCAAAACGGAACUCCCUUAGCUAUCUAUCUAUCUAUCUUAUCGGAGGACUAUUUGUGAGGGAGAGAAGCGUCGUUUAUGGAGCUCGCGGGAGUCGCUAAUCCCUGCCCUGGGGUCGUAUAUAGCCACUAAUAGAAAUUUACUUCAUACCAUAGGGUAAAAAAACACAAGCUUUUACAACUCGUGAUUGUUUGCGAUAAAACACGCCACACGAUACCAAUUCACCUAGCCUAGCUGUUCCUCUACGAUACACGGUUUGUAGCCUAUUAUUUGUCUUACCGCUUCUAUCUUAUCUGCUAAAUGCGUUUUUGUAUAAAAAUUGAGUUUUAAAAACAACAAAUAAACCGUAAUGCGUGUCUGUGGAGCUGCGUCGACUCA